GCUAUUUAAUUUCUUCUCAUUUCUUUUGGUUAACAUCUUAAUAACAUUACCAACCUUAAAUUGACAACACGUGUUAAAUUAGUCUUUAACCGUCAAGCCAAUCAUAUUUAUGGUCUACCUGUUCAAUCAAUCAUUUUGAUUCACAGUGAAGUUUGGUUAACAUUCAAGACAUUUUCUUCCAACAACUCUGUUACUCUUUGGUUUAACUCUACCUUUCUUUCGUCUUUUCCUCUGUCUAUUUUCUCUCCCUCUUGCUCUCUUCUUCUUCAUUACCAAACAGUUUCAUGAAAAGCUUUUUUUGACAGUGUUCUCUUUCUGCUGUUUACUUUGUCAUCAUCAUUGCACUCAAUAUUGGAAGCAUUGAAAACAAAAUUAGACUUGGCUUGUAUUCGCAACUGUACCUUUUAUCUACACUGUGAGUACACAAACUAAUAUGUACAUGGUUGUAAAACAUCUACCACAUUUGAAGAGCAACAUUCCGGUUUAAAGUGUGACGUUCAUUCAAGAGGAACAAAGAGUCAUUAUCGGGUGAUUGGUUUUUUUCGCUUUCACGGUAAACAAUCAGCCUAACGUACGGAAAAAAGAAGGAACAUUAUCAUCAUCAUCACCACCAACAAGCUUUGUUCUUAAUCGUUCUGUUAUAACUGACUAAUCAGCUUUGACAGAAAGAUAAAUUCAUAAAAAGCAACGUUGCCCAAUUCUGUAAUUGUAUUUUUUAUCUGAAUCGCCGCGCACAACGAAAUAUAUUAAUGAAAGCUUGGACAAGUGAAAAGGAUGGGAGCAAAAGCACUAUCAACAAAGCUGAAGAUGAUGAAACUUCUAAUGACCUAGACGAAGCUCUCAAUGAGCUUGGAAUGCUCUCUUCUUUAACACAAACGCGUCGAGAAAAGUGGCUACGAAGACGAUGCUACCGGUUUAGUAGUGGUAAUGGUAAAAAUAGUGCUGACUCCUCUCACUGGUGUUCCCUUUCUUCAUCCAGUACGUCAUCCUCAUCAUGCAGUGGUAGCUCUCAAAGCUCUGGAAGCCUCGGUGGCUCCAUAGGAAGUCGAAAAAAUUCAUAUUCAUCUGCUUCCAAUGCCUCUUCUGGAUCUUCUACAUCCUCUUCAUCGUCACCUUAUUCGAGCUUAAGCUUCUCUCAGUCGUCCCGCUUAUCGAUCAAUUCUCAUCCAAGUUUUGAAGCAUCUGCAUCUUCAGGAUUCCAAAGUAACUGUUGUAUUAGUUCCUCAAGUAUUUAUGCUAGCCUUGAUCUUGUUGGAGAUUCAUCAAAUUUUUCAAACCACAAACUAAUGGAGUACCCACGAGUCGCACGUCGCCAUCAUUUCCAUAAUCAAUGCUACAAACCUUACAUUCGGCCUAGGCGAUGCAGUCUACAAUUUAAUCUACAAAAAGAAGAACCAUUGGAUCUCAAUUGGAAUCUCCUUAAAGGUCUAAGUCUAUCUGAUUCGGGCUCAUCAGGGACAGGAUCUGGAACUGGCACACCUCCUCCGCCUUUUUUUGCCUCUUCGUUAAUUCAAUCAUCAUCAUCUUCAUCAUCACCUUCUUCUGCCAUCACUGGAACAGCCAAUCCCGCUGAGUCUAAAUUGCUAUGCUCAAGGAUUACCUCAAGUAUUGCGGACAAAGAAAAUAAUGCUCUUGAAACCCGGUCCAAUCCUAAUAGUCCCAUGCGAAAUCGAAAUAUCAAUCAACUUCUGAAUUAUACUCAUGCACACACCUUGCCCUUAAAGUCUAAUCAGCAUCACCAUUGUUCAACGACUCACCAGCUCGCAUCAUCAACUAUCAACAAUCAACAAAAUCAACAUGCCUAUCACUAUCAUACUGAAAUGAAUCCAUUGGCUACUUCAGCAAAUAGUGUCUAUGGUUCAUUAGCAUCAACUCAAGCUGAUGGUCCAGUUGCACUUCCAGGAAGUUGUUCUAAUUGUGGUAAACCUAGUGAACAAGGAUCACUUUUCAGAUCUCGAUCAUUGGAUGAUCUCAAUAGCCUGAUACUUCAAGAGGACGUCCAUCUCAACCACUCUCACUCUCCAUAUUGCCCACCUGAUGAGGGACUCUUUAAUCAGCCAAUGUUCUCUUCCGCUUCUUGUGAUAUCGAGAAUGUGCUGCAAAAAAUCAGUAGAUUGGAGAUGUAAAAACAUUUAUUCCUUCGAGAAAAAAUUAAUUCCAUUGAUUAUGGCUUAUUUUGUGAACAGAGUAAACAAAUACCUAAAUGCUUAUCAAAUUCUCAUCAUCCUGUUUUCCGUCUAAAUUGGCAUCUCCAUCUUUUUAUAACUUGUAUCUUCUUGAUUUGCUGUACUAACAAUUUAUAGCUACAAUGCACAGCUAUGGUAUAGCCAAUUAUUUUAUUUGUUUCAUUUCAAAACAAGUGAAAAUUAUUUUACUCAGCGUUGGAAAAUUAACUUCAGAAGCUGAUAAAUUAAGAGUGAUCUUCUGGAUGUUGAUUAUUUUUAUCUUGCAUUUACUUAAAUUGUAAGAUUCACUCAAUUUAUCUAUUGUGCUUUCUGUUUACUUAAAAGUAUUAGCAUUUUCACUCUACUAUUUUUUGUAACCAAAUGUUAACAAGCAAACCAAAAUGCGUAAAAACAAAACUCAUUUCAUAGCAUAAAAACAAAUUAAAAUAGUGUCAACUCCUUUAAGGAAAACUAUUAAUCUUCUCAGUGCCGAUGUUGAUGUUCAUUUUUGUAACUCGAAACAAAAAAUAUUGUAAAGAUACAAAUUUCUCAAGCCCAUAAUUUUAAUUUUCGCUGCUUUCCUUUGCUUCUAACACUUGCCAAAGGAUUUAAACGAAUUAUAUUAUGAUUCUAAAAUUAUAAAGAUAUUGGAUUAACUAUUGUAAUUGUAAUUGAUCAAAGUAUUUUGAUGACAAUUAAUGUACUAAUAACUGUAUAUGUUUCUACAAGAAAUGAAUAUGUUUGGUAACGAAACGAAGGAGACAAAAAGUAACAAUGAAUCGUGAUAAAAGAAAUUAAUUUUUGAAAUCAGAGCAUGUAAUAGUAAAAGAUGACAACACUAUGUUUAAUUGUAAUCAUAAUUCAAUGUUUAAUUGUCAAUUAAUGGUUUAUACAUUGAUGUUGAAUCAAGUUUAUAUCCAAAUCUUUUACCUAUUUAUUUGUAGUUAACCAUUUUCUUUAAAAUUAAACGGCAAAAUAUUCAUCGAUAA